AUGCAGGCGUCUGGGUUGCUCAGAAACGUCAGAAAUGUCGUCCACAACUACACAGAAGUGGAGAUCAAGGUCCGAGAGGCCACUAGUAAUGAUCCAUGGGGACCAAGUUCGUCGAUCAUGGCCGAAAUCGCGGAUUUAACGUACAAUAUGACCGCUUUUCCGGAAAUAAUGGGAAUCAUCUGGAAGCGGCUGUCGGACACGGGUAAAAACUGGAGACAUGUUUACAAAUCGUUAGUGCUGCUCGACUAUCUCGUCAAAACCGGCGCCGAGCGAGUUCAAAAUCAGUGCAAAGAAAAUAUUUAUUCCAUUCAAACUCUCAAAGAUUUUCAAUACGUCGACAAUCGGGAUUACAAAGAUCACGGAAAAAACGUCCGUGAACGAGCGACACAACUCGUCAGUUUGCUGAAAGACGAGGAAAGACUGCGAAACGAGCGGGACAAGUCGCUCAAGAACAAGGAGCGUUUCUCGAAGCAAACAACUGCCAUGGGCUCCCACACGGGUCACGUGACUGGCAUGGGUUCUUCAGGGAGAAUGCCUGAUUCUAGCUACAGACCUGGAAACUCCGGCGAAGAAGAACUACAGCUUCAACUUGCUUUGGCUAUGUCUAAAGAGGAAGCAGAAGCAAAGGAGAAACAGGAUCGCGAAGAUCAGGUCCGAAUAGAACUGGCAAUCAAAGAGUCGCUCAAGAACGAGCAAGCAGCGGCUGGUCCUUCUCAAUCUCAUCCGCCCCCGCAGCAGGUUCAAGCCCAAGCCCCGCAGUCAGCUGUCGAUGACUUACUGAACCUCGAUUUUGGAAACGAGCCGGCGCUGCCAGUGCAACAGAACCCUUGGGGCCAAGGAGCGAGCGGCACUCCCUCUCCAAGGGAUCCUUUUGGCGCUCCCGCAGCUGCCGAUCCCUUUGGGGCCCCUCAAUCAAACGCACAAAGCACGCCCUUUGGAAACCCCGCUCUUCCCGCUUCCUCUGAUCCUUUUGGAGCAUCAGAUCCUUGGGGUUCUAAAGCUCCAGCAACGAGUCAGCCAGAGCCUCCAAAAGCAGCUGAUCCGUUUGGUGAUGCUUUUGGAUCUAGUGCUGCUCCAGUUGCGGCUCCUGUUUCUUCCGCAGCGGAUCCAUUUGGUGCUCCUUCUUCAUCCGAUCCGUUUGGAUCCGCAGCUCCGGCCGCUCAGCCCCCAGCAACGGCGACUGGAUCUGAUCCAUUCGGCGCUUCAGAUCCGUUUGGCUCACCGAGCAAUAACAACACACAGCCAAGUUCUGAUCUUUUCUCCUUGCCAUCCGCUGAUACGAAUGCAAAUGCUUUCGACAUGGGAGGCAUGCAAUCGUCCCUGCCAAGCGAACAGGCCCCAAAGAAAACAGCUCAAUCCUUCCUCGGUUCAGCUUCUGGCCUUGUCAACUUAGACGCCCUCGUCAGCCGACCAAAACAAGUGAACACGAAUCCGUUCGGUAACACACCUUCAGGCAGUAAUCCAUUCCAAAUCAAUACUCCAGGUCCUUCAAUGAAUGAAAUGCAGCGAAAUGCCCAGCAACAGUCCAUGGGUCUUCAACAGCCAAUGGCACCCUCUCCUGUUGGAGGAAUGAACCCGAUGAUGAGCCAGCCGCAAGCAGCCCCCGUUCAAAAUAUUUUUGGAGCUCCUGCCAUGGCCAAUCCCUGGGGACAGAGUAUUGGUGGAAACGAUCAGAAGCAAUCAAACAACCCUUUCUUAUAA